AAACUGAUAAUAAUUAAAAAAUUGAAAUGAUAAGAGUUUCGGCGUGUGAUUGCCGUUUAGAAAUUAAAAUAUUCUAAAUAAUUACUUCUGAAAUCUUUUUCGAACUAUUACGUUGCUAAAUGAAAAUGGUGCUUUAAUCGUAGACCAACUCGUUAUCGUUGCUGUGAUUGAAAAACUUCGCGAUGAUCGUCUUAAAAAGUCCUUCACUCCGUCGCCUCAACAACUUACGGAAUCAUACGAAUUUUCAUUCGAAACGAUGCAGUAGCUCAGCAACCAAGCUAUACGAACCUGCCGACGAAGAUACCAUCAGGACAGCUGCCCUUAAACCGUUGAAAAAAGAACCUCCCAGACCUCCGUUUGUAAAAACUUUAUUCUCCGGUCGAGUCGACACUAAUCUGCUCGCUUAUCCGGAAGUUCUCGGCGAACGACGUCUAAAACUACUAGAUGCUAAUACAGAAAUACUCAAGCGUAUGGUAUCCGAACACGUAAAUCCCAAAGAAUCCGAUACUAUUUGCGACAUUCCUGAAAAAACAAUCGAACUAAUCCGUAAUUUGAAACUAUUCGGUAUGUCAGCUCCAGCAAAAUACGGCGGGUUGGAAUUAACUCAUACAGAACGUGCCAGAAUGUACGAAGUUCUCUCAGAAGAUCCAUCUCUAGCUGCUAUGAUAUUCAGUCAAGAAGUAUUGGGUCAUAAGUUGAUCAAUCAGUACGGAAACGAUCAUCAGAAGGAAAAGUAUCUUAGGAAACUCGCUUCAGGAAAAUCAUUCGUUGCUUACUGCGCAAACGAACAAGAAUCUGGUGCAGACGUAGCUUCUAUGAGCACUUACGCAGUUAGAUCUAGCGACGGAUUUAUAAUUAAUGGUUCCAAAGUUUGGGUCAUGAAUGCUGAUAAAGCAGACGUCUUUAUUGUGUUUGCCCGGAUAAAAGAAGGAAAUCAGUCGCUUAAUAGAUAUUAUUCUGAAGAAAAUGAAAAAGAAGGCGAUUUCGACGUCGAUGAUAUCGGCGUAUUUUUGGUAGAUAAACAAACGCCCGGAAUUACCGUCGGUGAACGAAAAGAUACUUUGGGAGUUCGAGGUCUACACAUGUGCGAUGUUGAAUUCAAAAAUGUGGUAGCGAAGCAGACAGAUAUAUUGGGCGAUGUUAAACAAGGUUACGAUAUUGCCAGACAAUUCAUCGUAGAAGAUCGUUAUCUAAUCGGUGUCCUGGGUUUAAACAUAUUACGCAAAAUGCAGAAAGAAAUGACCGAGUAUUCCAUACGACGAAAAGUCUUCGGCGAUAAUUUGUGUAAUUACGGUUUAACACAAAUGAAACUCGCCCGCAGUUCUAUGAAUAUUUACGUUAUCGAAAGCUUGAUAUAUUUCACCACCGGAUUAUUAGACACGUACGAAGAAGCCGAUUGCGAAUUAGAAAACGCUAUAACUAAAGUGAUGUGUAGCGAAUUAGCCUGGCAAACGAUUACAGACGGUAUGAACCUGCUUGGCGGUCAAGCUUACAUUAGAAAUCAGCCGUCCGAAAGAUAUUUCAGAGAUAUGAAGAUCUUGUCGAUGUUUGAUGUUAGCGACGAAGUUCUCAAAAUGUACAUAGCCUUGUGUGGGCUGAAGUACAUUUGUAACGAUAUCAACGAUGACGUAGUCCGUGCUCGCAACCCAUACUAUCAUCCUAAAGAGAUGCUUAAGAAAUUCUAUAGUACCUUUAGAGUAGAGUCAAAAAAUCCCAAGCUAUAUCUGAAACUUUACGAAUACUUACAUCCUGCCUUAUGUUUCAUUAGCGAAAUAAUAGAAGCGUGCAUUUUACGAUUUGAAUUCGGCUUAGCAAGGGCUUUAUACAGAGACGGUACGUUAAUAGUGAAUGAUCAGUUUCAACUAUGUCGAGUGGCUGAUGGUGCCAUGCUAAUUUAUGCCAUGAUUGCCUGCAUCAGUAGAGCUUCGAGAUCGAUUUGUAUAGGAUCCAAUAAUGCUGAUGAGGAAGUUGUCAUCGUCGAAGCUUUUGUUAAAGAAUGUAAACCCAAAAUAGAAGAAAUUGUUGAAGCUCUCACUCAUGGAGAUACUUAUGUUACUGAUGCUUUUCAUAAAAAAAUAGGUGAAAAAACAGUCAAAUAUAAAGGCUACUACGCCGAAGAUCCGUUGAAACUUAAUUAUUAAGUUGUAUAGUUAUUGUAAAAUAAAUUCGUUUUUCAACGUU